AUGGCAAACCGCGGCGCAACAUGGGACACCAAGGUCCAUACCAUCCGCGACUUGAUGGAACUGGGGAGCAAGAAGCUUCCGAAAAUGUACAGAGACUACUACAACGAAGGCGCCAUGGAUCUUGUGUCACUACGCGACAACGAGGAAGCUUACAACCGGUAUAAGAUCAUGCCGCGGAUUCUUGUGAACGUGGAUAACAUUGACAUGUCAACCACAAUUUUCGGGACCAAGGUGUCCUUUCCCCUUGGGUUUAGCCCUGCGGCAAUGCACCGGAUGGCGCAUCCCGACGGCGAGCUGGCAACAUCCCGUGCAGCUGCGAAGCUGAACAUUUGCAUGGCGUUAUCAUCCUACGCGACGGAGUCCAUGGAGAACGUAGCAGCGCAAGGAGCCGGCAACCCGUACGUGAUGCAGUUAUGCGUGCUCAGGGAUCGCGAGACAACGUUACAGAUUCUACGAAGAGCAGAGGCAUCCGGAUACAAGGCCAUCUUCCUCUCGGUCGACACCCCCCUGCUGGGUCGUCGAUUGAACGAGUACAGGAACAACUUCUGUCUCCCUGACGGCGUCGGGUGGCCGAACCUGUUGUCCGAUGGGAAGAGCGAGCUGAGUGGCGAGACGAACGACGGUCAUCUUACAAGCCGACAUGAUUUUGACCCGUCUCUGGAUUGGGACUCGGCGAUUCCUUGGCUCAAGAAGCACACAAAGCUUCAGCUGUGGCUCAAAGGCGUAUACACUCCCGACGACGUUGCUCUCGCAAUAAGACACGGCCUCGACGGUGUAAUAAUCUCGAACCACGGCGGCCGACAAUUGGACGGCGUGCCCGCAACACUUGACGUCUUGCGACUCUGUGCACCAGUCGCGGCCGGAAAGAUUCCCAUCGCCGUUGACGGCGGCAUCCGGCGCGGCACCGACAUCUUCAAAGCGCUUGCCCUCGGCGCAUCACACUGCUUUGUGGGAAGGAUCCCCAUCUGGGGACUAGCGUACAAUGGGCAGGAAGGUGUCGAGCUCGCUCUCAAGAUUCUUCAGUACGAAUUCAAGGUCACCAUGGCACUUGCAGGGGGGCAUGUAGCAUAUCUGAAUGGCAAUGGGGUGUUGGCGAAGCUCUGA